AUGGAGCUGGGUGUCCAGACCUGCAUCCAAGCUGGGUCCUGCUGCCCCACCAACCUCACCCUGUCCCCGCAGGAACGCUCAGGCACACAUUGGGUCGUGCACUGGGGAGGACACGGGGGAGCACACUGGGGAGGACACGGAGGAGGACACGGAGGAGGAGGAGGACACGGAGGAGGACACGGAGGAGGACAUGGUGGCGGACACAGGGGAAAACCCUGGGGCUCGCACUUCGUGGCAAACUGCGGAGCGCAACGAUCAAUGCAGGGCUGCAGGCACUCAGCGCCCUUCUUCCCCGAACCAAUUGCCACGGCCGACUCUAACGAGCCAGAGAGCUCAGCUGACUCCGUGGAGCCCACGAUGGUUUCCUGCGGGUAG